UGACGUCAUCACACAAACCUCUGUGCAGCGGGCAUCCGUUCUCCGAGAAUCUUCCCCCAGCGCGAUCCUCCGCAUCACCGACCACAAACAACUCUUGACGACUUCGACCGCCUGCUAUCCUCUGGACAUGGGACUGUGCCGCGAAAGAUCGUGACCCCGCAGAAGACCGCGAUGAGCAAGAUCCGCAGGAAACGGACGAGGCAGUGGACCGCCCUCGAGGACGGGAUGGUGGCAGUGGAACCCCGCCCCACCCCCCCGCGACCCUGAGGAUACUUCGAUGGUGUCCCCCACCAGCAUGUUGUUGUUCCUUGGAGGCGCUCACACCUUGGAAAAGGGCGAGGAAUACUAAUAAAACACACUCUUUGUUCGGCUCAUUCUUCGAAUCACAGUUUAUCUGGUGAUCAUGAUCAGCGCCAUGCCUGCAGUGGCCGUCCGCCGGGAGCGGAAGAAGCAACGAGCGGCGGCGGCAGCGGCGGCUGCCAAUGCCAACGGCUCCAGGAGUCGACAAGGCAGCCUCUCGUCCCUCCCAUCUCCCUCCACGAGAUCCUCCAGCCUGUUGUCCUCGCCCAUGUCCCAACCGGGGAACUACUACAACUACUUCAGCAGCCAACGGCCCCAGCAGCGACCAUCUUCCUCGGCUUCAUCCACGCCUUCGGCACCUGUGCCCACAGCACCCACGCCGACGACGCCAGCCGUGGCCACGGCACCCCCGUCUCGGAGGCCCAGCGCCAGCGUCUCCACCAUCUCCAGCGCGGCCAGUAACUACGUCAGCGCCCUCCACAGGGUGCGCGAACGGCAGCUGGAGACGCAGCGCGAGCGGGCGCGGUUUCUUGUCUACACGGGAUCCGUUCUCCUCGCCAGUGGCGCCACGCUAGUCAUUAUAGGGUUGGCGUCCCGAGCCACUGCCGCCCAAACCGUCGGUCUCCUUUUUCUGUGCCUGGGCUCGGCCUUUUGCCUAGCGCGCGUGUUCUGUUUGGUGCCCCGAGAAGAGUUGCCGCUGGUCAAACGAGCCAGGACUGUGUCCGGCCAGUCUAUCUAUGUGCCAUCAUCUUCAGCGCAUCAGAGCGCUGCAACCACCCCGGGAACGGACGAUUCUUCUACAACAUCCUCCUAUUAUUUCUCCGCGGUGCCCUUACAUCGCGUGCAACCGCAAUCACAACAGCCGCAGCAGCAGCUCCCCCUGUCGCCGGAGACGCCGCCGAGUACUGCUGCCCCACCGCCGCUGCAACCACCCCCACCGGUGGUGCCUGGGGUGCACGGGGCGGUGGGCAGCCACAGGAGCAACCCUUCUAGCAUCUUGACGCCGAUGAGUCUUAACAGCAUUCCCGAAAUGCAAGUCUUGAUCACCGACGAUAGUCAACGAUACUAAAUACUUGAUUCUCUCUAAUGGUGGAAGCCCAUAACAGAGAAAGAACAGACCCGCGCUCGGAUGGUCAAGUUGCCCAACCCCAAUUGGAUGCCAUCCUGCCCAACCCCAAUCGAAUGUCUAGUUGUCCCACUCAAAUCAUUCUUAAGUCGAUCCACAACAAGAUCUUCAAUUAAAGAUCAGCCUUCAAAAUCCUUUCUCGGGUCGCAUGCCAUUUUUCCGGCCCCUGCAUGUACACCACAGAAUCCUUCGAAGCAAGGAUUCUAUUCAACCCGUUUUAGGAGCAAUCUAAAGAUCGUGUUCCUUGAGGUAGUGCGUACUUCACCAAGGCAACCUAAUAAUGCCAGUCAAACGCAGCGAUGGCGAACCUUUUCACAUUGGAAUGUCAAAAAUUCAAAAAUGUCUAAUUUUUAUCUGCUAACCUGAAAGAAAAAGUCACAAUUGUUUUCUUAUUUAUAUGUUAAAAAAUACAGUUGCAUCAUCUAUGAUACUAUGUAUUAUAUCUGCAUAUAAUGUAAAUGUAAAACAAAAUUCUUUUUAACACUGGAACGUGCAAAUUGAACUGAAAUCAAUCUGUCGGGAAAAGUUAUCGUGUUAUCUUGAAUAUCAUUAUUUCGUGCCAGUACUCACGUAUGCAUCAGAGGUUCGCCAUCACUGCUUUAAUGAACCCUGCAUACUUAAACCCAAAGUCUUCCAUCGAAAGGCUUAAGAUUCACUAAACGGUUUAGGAUAUAUCAGAAGUGGCCAACUAAUCGGCGUUAUCAGGUCAACAAAUCAUUUAAUAUUUCAAGGUUAACACAAAUUAUUAGUAUUGUCUUUAUUCCAUUAAAUGCGUCAACCAUUAUUGGUAAGCAGUACCUCUGGAGCAGGAAUACCAAUGACUCAC